UAGCAGUCCUAACAUAAUCUCUUAAAGAGGGCAACAUGGAAAGAGAACCACAGAAGAUAAGAGAAGGCUAUCUUGUGAAAAAGGUCAUGUUUAAUAAAUGGAAACCUAUGUGGGUCACAUUGUUAGAAGAUGGAAUAGAAUUCUACAAGAAAAAAAGUGACAGCAGUCCAAAAGGAAUGAUUCCACUAAAGGGAAUGGUUAUCAGUAACCACUGCCAGGAAUUUGCUAAAAAAUCGUUUGUCUUUAAGCUCACCACAACCAAGCAACAAGAUCACUACUUUCAAGCUUCUCACCAAGAGGAACGAGACGCUUGGGUUAAAGAUCUAAAAAAGGCAUCACAGUGCAUUCUAGAUGGUCAGCGAUUUGCAAGGAAAUCUACAAGAAGGUCAAUAAGGUUGCCAGACACAAUUAACUUGAGUGAAUUAUUCAAUGCAAUGAAAGAUCCAGAUAAAGGAAUAAAAGAAUUAAAACUGGAGAAGGACAAAAAAGUUUUUAAUCACUGCUUUACAGGUACCUGUGUGAUUGAUUGGCUAGUAGAAAGCAAGUCUGUAAGAAAUCGCCAAGAAGGUCUGAUGCUGGCCUCUGCCUUAUUGAAUGAAGGUCACCUUCAACCUGCUGGAGAUAUUUCAAAACAAGCAGCUGAAGGACUAGCAGAAACAACCUUACUCGAUACAUCUGAAGCAUUAUAUUAUUUUACAGACAGUGGAUUCUUCUGUGAAGAAAAUUCCAGCGAUGAUGAUGCAAUUUUUAAAAAUGAGUUUCGAGGAGCAGUGGUUAAGCAAGGAUGUCUACUAAAACAGGGCCAUAGAAGGAAAAACUGGAAAGUGAGGAAAUUUGUUCUAAGAGAUGAUCCUGCAUACCUACACUACUAUGAUCCAGCCUCAUGGGAGGAUCCUUUAGGCGCAGUCCAUUUGCGAGGCUGCGUAGUGACAGCAGUGGAAGACGUAUUGGAGGCAAAGAAGCAUGAAAUUGAAGGGAAUCUGUUUGAAGUCAUUACAGCAUCUGAAGUGCACUACUACUUCCAAGCAGCUUCAUCAGCCGAGCGCACAGAGUGGAUAAAAGCUAUCCAAUCUGUAGCAAAAACAGGGAAAUAAUGAUAUUUUCUAAAAUAAAGUAUCUGAUUCAAACCGUUUUUAUUCUUUCUUUAUUGGUUAUUAAGAUUGCAAAUAUGAAAAGACAAUCAGACUAUUGUACUUCUAUCUUAAUGUUUAAAAUGCAAAAUGUAAUACAAUUUUUAACCAGGCGUCUCCAUGUGCAAGCGAUUUAUGUAGACCUGAAUACAAACAUAAAGUAUGUAAUUAAAAAACAAA